AUGCACCACGCCUCCAAACACAUCCAAGCCAAUGUUGGCAAGCUUGAACAAGACCUCGAACACUUUGCAGAACAACGACUUCAAGUGUCCGCUAAGCUGCAGAAAUGGUUUGCGAUUCAUCAUCGCGAUGGCACAUGGGAUAUCAAAAAUCCUUGCCUCAAGUGUUUGCUGCUCUUCAACAAGAUCGACCAGCUUUACUUCGCGGCCUGUGCUGAUAUCAGAGAUAUGAUGACGGUGCUUGAGAAAGGUCUGAGGGCGUCUGCAUUACUUUACAAGGUCAUGAACAAGGGUCAAACACAAGCCCAAACUCUGGGUGAAUUUUGUGCGCCGCUGCUACGGAAUUUGGAGUCGGCCGAGUGUAUGCUGCAAGCUCUGGAGGACGAUGCCGAGAAGCGGAAGGGUUGGCCACAAGUGCUUUCAAGCGAACAAUACUCUGCAACAGCCUCGCAACCUGAAAAUGAUGAGAAUCAGAACCACUCAGAGGGAGACAAUGCUAAGACUGAGGUCAUUACCGAUUCAACAGCUAUCACCGUCUCCCGUGUCAACUGGGCCUUUGGCGAUGAAGUUCAUGUUCUUGAGCGCUUCCAGCACAUGGCGGGACUAAAAGAUGGUGAGGUCAAGUUCGCCAUACAUCCCAACGGUGAUCUCUCGGCUCAGCAGUGGUUCCAGUCUGGUGGUCAGUGGUUCAACAUUGGUCAUCAUUCCAGGUCCCUCAUGCGUAUUGAGGGUAGUCUUGCCUCGCAUCGUUUGAGAGAAGAGGUGGAGCUGCGCGUUCAUGGUCUCCCUCAGAAUAGCCUUGGGUACUUCAAGGCAGUUGCGAGGCAACAUGAGGCAUUCACGAUGAAGCUGCCAUUUGGCCUAGAAGAGCUUCAAGCUUGUCUGACCAAUGGCUCUGUCAACCGUGCUGGGCAAGAGAUGGCAAACACUUCAUCAGCUAUCGAAACUGCAACCCGAUUGGAGGCUGAGCCUGGUAAUGCUGAGACAGCGGAUGAAGACAACACCGAUGAUGCCAAGUCGAAACAGGUGAAGAGCAAAAGAGCAAGUCGAAGAAACAGAAGAAGAAGAAGGGUAGACGGUGAAGGAGUUGCAUCUCGAAGGCCAGGAUCAUGGCCAACAUACCCGUCAGAAGACACAGGACUUUCGCAGUAA